AUGGCAAAGAGCGAUAUGACGCAACUAAAUGGCUCUGGGCCAUCAACUUUUGAGUCAGCCAACAAAGAUCUAGAUUAUGAUGUUCUCAUUGUGGGUGGUGGGCUUAGUGGUAUAUUUUCGCUUUAUCGAGUGAGAGAAUUGGGUUUGAGAGUUAAAGUACUCGAGGCUGGCUCUGCAGAGGGUGGAACAUGGUUUUGGAAUCGUUACCCUGGUGCUCGUUUUGACUCUGAGAGCUAUUCUUAUAUCUUCUCAUUCUCUCAAGAGGUCCUUGAUGAAUGGGACUGGACCGAGCACUUCUCACCACAAACGGAAACCUUGCGAUAUAUCCAGUACCUCACCAAGAAAUUCGACCUCAAAAAGGAUAUGCAAUUUGACACCCGCAUCAAGUCUGCACAUUUCCAGCAAAGCUCCAACUCAUGGCUAUUAACAGAUGUAAACGGCAGCACCUAUACUUGCCGAUAUUUGAUCACGGCGAUGGGUAUUUUGAAUGAACCCACUCUCCCUGACAUACCUGGUGUAAAAGACUAUAAAGGCGAAGCGUGGCAUACAGCUCGCUGGCCUGGUGAAGGCUCCAGUCUCGAGGGCAAGCGUGUCGCAAUUAUUGGCACCGGCGCAACUGCUAUUCAGACGAUACAAGAGAUUGUAAAGACUGUGGGAUCUCUUACCGUUUUUCAACGCACACCCAACUGGACUGCUCCUCUGAGAAACACGAAAAUCAGCCCCGAGGAGAUGAAAGACAUACGGCAACGGUAUCCUGAAAUAUUCCGGCAAUGCCUUGAUUCCUACUCGUGCUUCAUCCAUGUCGGUGACACAAAAAGUGUCUUUGAUAUGGGAGAAGAGGAGCGAAUUAAGCAUUGGGAAGAGCUUUAUGCACUUCCUGGGUUUGCCAAGGUGCUGGGCGUCUCCGGUGACAUCUAUACCAAUAGAGAGGCCAAUAAACUGUACAGCGACUUCAUGGCGAACAAGAUACGUCAGCGCGUCAACGACCCAAAGAUUGCCGAAAAGCUGAUUCCCAAAAACCACGGUUUUGGAACUCGUAGAGUACCCUUAGAGAGCGGAUACUACGAAGCUUUCAACCGGCCGAACGUUCGAUUGGUGGAUUUGACCGAAGACCCGAUCGACAGAAUCACGGAUAAGGGCAUCAAAACUCAUCAAGAAGACUUUGAGUUUGAUGCCAUUAUUUACGCAACCGGAUUUGACGCCAUCACGGGCUCGUUCCGAGCAGUAGACUUCCAGGGCAUUGGCGGGACCCAGCUUCAUGAUGUUUGGAGCGAGGGUAUUCAGACUUUCCUUGGCCUCACAGUCAAGGGAUUUCCGAACAUGUUUAUGAUUAUGGGUCCACAUCAGAUGUUUGGCAACAUUCCUCGGAGUAUUGAGUAUGCCGUGGAAUGGGUCGCAGACUUCAUUCGAUAUGCCCGUGACAACAACAUCACAUCUGUUGAAGCCACAGAUGAUGGGAUGCGUAUGUGGACAGAACAUGUUUGGAAAUGUGGUGAAGGGCUACUAGCCAACGAGGUGGAUUCUUGGAUGACAGGUGUGAACAAGAAUCUUGCACACAAACAAAAACGGUCCAUGACACGAUAUAAUGGACCGGCACCAGGGUACAGGAGGAGAUGCGAUGAGGUGAAAGCCAGAAAGUACUCUGAUUUCAUUUUGGCCUAG